AUGGCAACGAUGUUGACAGAAAGUCCAAAUACCCCGUUCUGGGGGCCACCAACUGCACAGGCAAAUUUCUGUGAGGAGGAUUACGUGGUGACGAGAUAUAUUGCCGAGUUUAUCAAUACCAUGACGAAUCUGACCUACAUACUAUAUGCACUCUAUGGCAUCCACAGGCUUCGACAAAAGGCAAACUCGAAUAUUCUUCGCGCCCUUCCCUACUGGGGCCUGAUGGGAGUGGGUAUAUGCUCGGGCAUAUUCCAUACCUCAUUGAAAUACCACACCCAAAUGAUGGAUGAUCUUUCCAUGCUCCUCACUACAACGCCAAUCCUACACCGUGUCUUGACUGUUGGCGUUGAACGCGGAAACUCGAUACUUGUGGCCAUCCUAUUAGGAUCCAUCCUGACAACCAUUGUCAUUUUCCAUGUAGCGACUGAUGAGCUUCUUUUGCAUUCACUCUUCUUCGUGGGCUCAAUUGCAGUCAUCGCCAUUUUCCAUCUGGGAUACUUUGUCUGGAUCGUCGAUAGAUGGGCAUGCGGGUUCCUGAAAGAAGUUCGGGCCGCAGUGGGCUUGCCAUGGGCUUUUCUUUUUGAACUUCAUGGAUGGUGGCACAUCUUCACAGGCAUGGGCGCGUACAUCUUCAUCGCCGCCAUAGACCAUCUCACAUCGAAUGACAGCGAUGAGGAGAUUGAAAAGGCCAUAGCCUGGCCUGGUCCAUGGGCCUCGCGGUCAUCUUUCGCCGGGAAAUUCGAAAUUGGCCCUCAGGCUGGUCUUAAGCGAGAGUGA